GCGCUCAUUACGAAAGAGAGCCCGCAACCCGAGGAACAGCUGUUCGAUCGAGUAGUGCGUGCGUGCGAAAGAGAGGCGGCGAGAGUGAGUGAGUGAGAGGAAGUGUAAAAUGCUGACUGCCGAAUGCCGGCGGCCUUAGAAUUCUCGACACUUUUCAACGAAUUUACAAAAUCCCAGUGAAAAUACAAACAGAGAGCUGAAUAGAAUGCAGGAGCAGGAGAUGGAGGUGGACACUACGGAGUUGGCGGAGGCGGCCAACUUGCUGCAGCUCGUCAAGCAGCUGCUGCUGGAGAAGGCCUACGACGGCGUGCGAACGCUGUUCCAAAGCGCCCAGGAGGCGGCGCGGAACACCCGGCUGCUGGGCCACAUAGCCAUGGAUCUGUACCACGACGUGUGCUCGGUGAACCUCACCGACGAGGUCCACUCGCAGGAGCCGGGGCUCUUCGACUGCUCCGACGAGCUGCUCAAGCUCCUGGCCCAGUUUGCCCCCGUCCAGGAGCUCAUGCUGGAGCUGAUGGAGCGCCUGGAGGAGAGCAGCAGCAUCAAUGUGUUCGGCGCCCACCUGCGGGCCCUCCAGGUGGUCCUGCAGCGCCAGGGACGCGACAAGCCGCAGGCCGUGGAGUGGAGCCUGCAGAGCGUCUUCACCCGGCUGCGCGAGCUGCCCCUGCCGCAGUACCUCUCCGAGGGCUACGACGAGGCCCAGGCGCGCCUCAUCGAGCAGAACGAGCAGGUGGAGGACCUGCUGGCCCACUACAUCACCGUGGGCCUCUUUCGCCAGCCGCUCUGCGCGGAAAUCGUGCAGCAGGAUGUGCGAACGGCCGGCCAAAUCUUCAGGGACUGCGGUCUGAACCGGCGCAACGUCUUCGCUUGCUUCUUCAUCCAGCUGCUGGGUCGCCCCCUGGCCCUGCUGGAGAUGAGCCACGUCAAGGAGGACCUCACGCGCACCUAUGUGCAGCAGGUGACGGAUGGCCUGAGCCGGGAUGCCAGCCAGUGCCUGGGCGAUCCCUUCUAUCUGCUCAGCCUCGUGGAGCAGCGUGCCCGGUGGCUGCGCAAACUGGAUGCCGCCAAGGGCGUCUACGAGAUGAGCUGCCGCAAUGUGUUCCUAAUCGAGGAGAAGCUGCCGCUGCACGCCGUAGCCAUGUACUAUCACUCGCUCUUCGUGGGCAACCAACUGCCCGCCAACGCGCCCAGGAUAUAUGCACCUCUGUUCCUCUUCGAAACGAUUGCCUAUCUGGCGGAAGUGCUGCUCAGGCAGGCGGAGCCACCACUGCAGUAUUGCGGCCUCCGCCUGGUGGAGCAUCUUCUGGGCACCCUUAUUGAACCAGUGCCCGCCAGUUCCCUCCAGCUGGACGUGCACAAGCGCUUCUGCGAGGCCCUCUGCAAGAUUGUGGGCUACUCGCCGCAAGUGGCGCUUCGCCAGCUGGGACUCCACGUACUGCGGCAGUACAUACUGCGCUUCGACGACCAGGGAAAGUACCUCAUCCUCAAGAAUCUGCUGGAGACGCUGCAGCACGACGGUCUGAUGGGCUACCUGGGCGGAAUGUACAAAGAUCUGGUGGAUAAGGCGCUGAAGGAAUCGGGACCAUUGCCAGAAGUCUACAGCGGAAAGCUGUUCCGCGAGAUGUUGCUGCUGUGCGUGUGCGUGCUGCCCCAUGACGUGAAGUCCGAUCUUCUCCUGCACUCCGAUCGCCUGUGCCAUGCCCUCAAUAUUCUGCGUUACUUUGCGGCGAGGGACAAGACGGAUGUGACCGGCUUCUGGCAAGCUCUGCCGGAUAUUGUGAGGAGAUUGCUGGAUCCCCUGGGCAAGGCGCUCAACUUUUCGAUGGCCCACUACAAGGCGUACAAGGAGCGCGUGGAAAGGGGCCAGAGCGCCUCGGACGACGAGCUGAUGCAGCGCCAGCUGAACAUGCUGGCCGUGAACAUAACCAACAGCGGAAUGGCCGGCGGCGACGCGGACAGCCGCUUGCCGGAUAUUGGACGCCAGGAGAAGCUCGAUGUGCUGGCCAGCUCGAUUACCAGUCUGGAAAACCUGCAAUCGUUGUAUCUGCGCGCCAGCGAGGUCCUGGAACUGUCUGCCCGCCUUCGACGGAACGCCGCUUCAGCGGAUGCUUAGCUUGUAGUUUGUCCAUAAUGAAAGCGAAAUGAUAGCGUAAACUUUGUGUGUAAACAGAAACGAAAACGAAAUCGAAACCUAA